UUCGGCGGCUAUUCUGGGCGGCGGCGGCGGCGGCGGAGCGGGCUCAGCGGGCCACCCGCAGUCGACGGUCGGACAUCAGGUGGAGGCUGUGUCGCUGCUCUCGCCGGUCAGCCGCCCUCGCCAUGUCCAGCUACAGCUAUAAGGUGACGCGCGAGACGUCGGGGCCGCGCGGCGGCUCUUACUCGACCAGCAGCUACUCGUCGCCGACCGCCUACUCGCCGGCGCGCCACGGGAUCCCGUCGGUGGCCCACCAGCGGCUGACCCCCGUCUCGCUGCCGGCCUACUCGAGUCCGCUGAUGCCGUACCUGCUGAUGGACGAGGAUGACGUGGUGGUGCUGCCGCGGCGCCGCACUCUGGCCAGGCUCAGCGACGAGCUGGACGACGACCCCGUGCUGAAGCGUUUCUCCGGCUCGUGUCCCAACUGCUGCGCCGUGGCCAGGCCCGUCCAGCAAGUCACAGUCGUGGCCCGGCCGUCGCCGAGGCUCUAUUCCGUGCCCUCCUAUGGACCCUUUGUCAGUGGGGAGGAUGAACUCAGAAAUUGGUACGAGGACCGGAUCCACCACGCCCAGGUCGAGGCGUCCUCCAUCGCCCAGUCGCACAUCAACGACCUCUGCACGCCCAAACUGCGCCACAUCUCCGUCACACCCAUGUACACGCCCAAGCUGUACCCAGAGCCGGUGGCGCCGCGGCUCGCGCAGUACACGCGGCACCGGUCCAGGGCCGCCGCCGACCCCCUGAAGCCCGUCAGGAGGAACAUCGAGCUAAAGUCGCGCUUCAACAGCGCCAAUGACGCCGCUCAGAACACGUAUAAACGCAUGGGCUCCGGUCACCUGGCCUGUCUGAGUCUGCUCGGCGGCCCGGUGGUGUCCAAACGCACCCACUCGCGCUUCUACAACGGCGAGAGGGUGCGCUCCGAGGACAUGGCCCAGCGCCUGCUGCCGUCACCCCGCGACGACCCCAGCUCGCACCGGCGAAUCCGCCUGCUGCCGCUGAGCGGAGUUCCCGGAGCGUUCCGUAUGAUCGCCAGCGGAGAGAGGCCCAAGAAGAAGGCCAUCUACGAGGACGACGAUGUCUCCAAACUCAGCCCCUUGCGCUCCAGUAAUGCUCGGAGCGAGGACGGCUGCGCCGACCGCCGGCGCUCCUCCCGCCCGGUCUGGGAGGAGGAGGAGCAGGAGGAGGAGGAGGAGGAGUUCCCGGACGAGGACUACUACGACUACUGCCCGGAGCAGGAGUCGGUCCUCUACUCGGACCGCGGGGAGCCGAUCCCCGACCUGGAGCCCACCGCCGGAGGUCGCACGGAGUACCGGGAGAGUGUCGAACCCGAGCAGGAGUUCGGCACUCCCGAGCCGGAGUUCAGCCCAGAGCCUCCGUAUGAGCUGGAGCCGGAGCCAGAGCUGGAACCGGAGCCGGAGCCAGAGCCGGAGCCAGAACUUGAGCCAGUGGUGGACCCUGAGCUUGAGCCAGAGCCGGAACCAGAGGUGGAACCCGAGCCAGAACCCGAGCCAGAACCAGAGCUAGAGCCUGACCCAAUAGUAGAACCUGAGCCAGAGCCGGAACCAGAGGUGGAGCCUGAGCCAGCAGAGGAGCCAGAGCCAGAACCUGAGCUACAGGUGGAACCUGAGCCAGAGCCACAGGUGGAAUCUGUCUUGGAGCCGGAGCCGGAGCCUGACGUCCCGCCGGAGCUGUCACCUGAAGACGCAGAACGUGAACCCGGCUCCAAUCAACAGCUCGAAGAUGACGCUAAGUACGCUCCCAUGGACGAACGAACCGAGCUCGAAGAUGACGCUAAAUACGCUCCCACGGACGAACGAACCGACGAAGCGGACCCUGCCGAUGCGGCGAACGACAACAUCGAUCAGUCCCAAGAUGUCGACACUGUCAGCGACCAAUAUGGCGGCGCCCUGUGCCUGGACGAUGACGCGCGCAGUGACACCAGCGAGGGGAGCCGCGCCAAGCUCACACAGAUGAAGUCGGAGGCGGCACAGCGACUGGACGACCUAGAGAAGCUGAUUGGUGAGCACCAGGAGAUCGUCCAGGAGCUGAAACGGACUGAGAGUAGUCAGGGCAGCCUGGUCGAUCUGGUCGAUAAGCCGUCCUCGUCCGCCGCCGAGACGGACCGGGACGCGCCCGAGACGGAUCGGGACGCCUCCUCCGAGACUGCCGCCCACCAGCCCGCUGCCCCGGAGGGUCCCAAGGAGAGCGCACCGCAGCACGCCGCCGCCGAGGACCAGGAGCCGUCACCAGACCGGGAGUGAGGUCACCAGAGCCGUCACCAGAGAGGUCACCAGCGGCCGUCACCAGAGGGGGAGUGGGGUCACCACCAACAGCCGUCACCAGACGGGGAGCGAGGUCACAUGGCGGGGAGCGAGGCCACAGGGCGGGGAGCGGCGUCCGGUGCCGGUGGGGGAAGGACGGGUAACAACCUCUGGGCGCCGUCCGGCUGGUGCCUGAAGUGACGCCGCGGCCCACUGGCAGCGACCGUGGAGGGCUCGGAUGGCCCGCGAGCGAGCUCCACUCGUGGGGAGCGCGGACUCGCGGAGUAGUCACCGGUCGGGGGCGCCGUUCAUAACUAUGUGUGUUAUCGAACUGCAGUCAAAGUUGCACUAAUAGGAAAUGUCAGGAUCAGGUCACUGUUCAGAUCAAGCGAAAAGGUCAGCUAGGGACGGAAAUUCCUCGCAGAAGAUAUAGAACUGCUCGGGGAUUUUUCCACGGGAUCAAUCGUGCUCGGCCAGUGACUCUUCGUGUACGUAGCACACUGAACUUACACCGGCUGAUAGUGGCUUACAUGUGCACUCAUGGAGCUAGAGCAGAAGGCUAGGCUGUAUGUAGUCGCAGCAUAGUCAUAGCAGUUUUCACAAUAAUUAAAAACAGCUGCUAGCUACAAAAAAGUGUGUGUGUUACUCAAUAUGCCACAUAAAAGUGUGUAGAUAUUUUUAUCAGGUCGAAUGUAUUUACAAAAUAAGAGCUUCCAAAUUUCCACAAUACGCCAGCGCGCCGCUGCGGAAGGACCUCAGGCACAUCCUGCGCGGUAACAGACGUCCGAUUCUGCGCGUCGGUGCCGAUUCACCGAUGUGAUGAGCCGCCUCGUCGGGGCGUUCGGCGCCGACGGAAACCCGUCACGUGGCGCGUCGCAUAUGUACCGGGAAACGGCGCGUCAGUUAAUUAGCUGCGUGUCUGACUCCCGGCUGCCACGAGUGUGUCUCCGCGCUGGAUGCAGCCGAGCCAACCGCGUAACGAUAAUGUGCCGGUAACGUCGACCAUGUGAGCCCAGGGCGUGAGAAGGUCCGGAACUCCAGGUCAGUUAGAGCUUCGCCGGAACUUUUCCUCGCAGUACUAAUCUUAAAACGUUCUCCAUAAUACUCUACUCUGUAUCUCAAAUGUCGGACGUACUGAACCUUAGGCAAUAACGAUUAAUAUAGUCUGCUGUGCACGUAACACAUGUGACAAAGGACAAGGAAAAUAAACGAACUCAAUGACUGAAAAAGGAACGUAUGACAAGAGACGCAUGACACGAUCUAGACGGCACCGUGACGACUGACUGACGAAUACGACAGGCACCCAAUCGGCAGCCAUCCUACACCCGCAGACGUAGGUUGUCACUCAUAUCAUACACGUUCAUUUGCGCCCACAUCCGCGCCGGCGGAUGCGUUGGCUCUGGAGUGUUUGGACUGUUGUUUGACGCACGGCUCGGUGUGGGGACCUGCGCGGCGGCCGUGAGGUGCCCACUGCGGCUGCCGCAGGGCGGUUCUCCGCUCCAUGUGUCGGAUAUUAACAAUACACGGUCGAACGGUA